GUGCCGCGGCCGCAGCACUGGAUGGAAGGUUGGAUUGAGCGCCUCUCCUCUUCUCCCUCUCCUCUCUCUCGUUCUUUUUUUUUACCGGGACAGCACGAGACCUGACUGAACGGGACACGAACGGGACCCGAGGCUGUCCAGUGCUGUGGGAUCAGGACGUCGUGAGCAGGCUGUUGAUUGGAGGGUUGUUUACAGCAGGCCGUGCUUCUCAUGAUCACCAGGGGAGAGGGGUUAUGCAGCGUGAGACAAAAGAAGAGCCGGGGGACACUGAGGAAUAAAAGACCCCGGACACAGAAUAUCAGCAGAACAGUUAAAGACCGCGGAAGUAAAGGACUGCGGACACCCGCCAGUCAAGACUGAAAGAGACCUGAAAGAGACCUGGAAGAGACCUGAAAGAGACCUGAAAGAGACCUGAUAGAGACCUGAAAGAGACCUGAAAGAGACCUGAUAGAGACCUGAACGAGACCUGAAAGAGACCUGAUAGAGACCUGAAAGAGACCUGAAAGAGACCUGAUAGAGACCUGAAAGAGACCUGAUAGAGACCUGAAAGAGACCUGAUAGAGACCUGAAAGAGACCUGAAAGAGACCUGAAAGAGACCUAAAAGAGACCUGAAAGAGACCUGAAAGAGACCUGAAAGAGGCCUGAAAGAGACCUGAAAGAGACCUGAAAGAGACCUGAAAGAGACCUGAAAGAGACCUAAAAGAGACCUGAAAGAGACCUGAAAGAGACCUGAAAGAGACCUAAAAGAGACCUGAAAGAGACCUGAAAGAGACCUGAAAGAGACCUGAAAGAGACCGCAGCUCUCUCCCCAUCUUUUGAUCUCUUCUCUUUAUUUCUCUCUCAGUCCCGCUCCCUCUCUAAUGGGAGUAACUUAGAACACGCUGUUCCAUCUCACGCCCCCGCCCCCCUCCCUGUGUUUCUGUGGUGAUGGAAGCGCCCAGCAGGAAGUGAUGUCGUGGAAGAGGAACUACUUUGCGUCGGGCGGUGGCAGCGGGAGUCCCGGUGGAGGGCUACAGGGCCUGAUCACGACUCCGCGGACUAUGGCCUCCUUCGCCCCGAGUAAAGGCCUGAGCAAUGAACCUGGACAGAACAGCUGCUUUUUAAACAGUGCCCUGCAGGUUCUGUGGCAUCUGGAUAUCUUCCGGAGAAGUUUCCGCCAGUUGACCACUCACAAGUGUAUGGAAGACUCCUGCAUCUUCUGUGCCCUCAAGAGUAUCUUUGCCCAGUUCCAGUUCAGCAGUGAGCGUGUGUUACCGUCGGACGUGUUGCGGAGUGCGCUGGCCAAGACCUUCCAGGACGAACAGCGUUUCCAGCUGGGGAUCAUGGACGACGCAGCAGAAUGCUUCGAGAACCUACUGAUGCGUAUCCAUUUCCACAUCAGCGCCGAGACCAGAGAGGACAUCUGUACGGCUAAACACUGUAUACCACACCAGAAGUUUGCCAUGACGCUGUUCGAACAGUGUGUGUGUAAUAGUUGUGGAGCCUCGUCGGACCCCCUCCCCUUCAUUCAGAUGGUUCACUACAUCUCUACCACAUCCCUCUGCAGUAACCAGGCGGUGAGGAUGUUAGAGUGCAGAGAGAAGCCCACCCCCGACAUGUUUGGAGAGCUGCUCCGUAACGCCAGCAACAUGGGAGACCUACGCAACUGCCCAAGUAACUGUGGGGAGGUGUUGCGUAUCCGCCGUGUGUUGAUGAACUCUCCAGAGAUAGUGUCCAUCGGCCUGGUCUGGGACUCAGACCACUCUGACCUGGCUGAGGACGUCAUUCACAGCCUGGGCACCUGUCUACGCCUGGGGGAUUUGUUCUACCGUGUGACAGAGGAGCGUGCUCGUCAGGCUGAGCUGUACCUGGUUGGUAUGGUGUGUUACUAUGGUAAACACUACUCCACAUUCUUCUUCCAGACUAAGAUACGCAAGUGGAUGUACUUCGACGACGCUCAUGUCAAAGAGAUCGGUCCUAAGUGGAAGGACGUGGUGGCACGCUGUAUAAAGGGUCACUACCAGCCUCUAUUGCUGCUCUAUGCUGACCCCCGGGGGACGCCGGUGGUAUCGCAGGACAGCCCCUCCUUCUCUAACCCCCAGCUGGACCUGCUGCACUGCAGCAAGGCUGGCUAUGACAGCGAGGACUCUGGGCGGGAGCCCUCCAUAUCCAGUGAUACCCGUACAGAUUCCUCUGACAGCUCCAGCCACCGAGCAUCUCGAAAUCGCCCUCUUCACCAGUCAACAGGCAGCCACCUGUCCAACGAAUCGCAGACCACAGUGGUCGGUAAACAUGACAACGGCACGCCCCUACACAGCGCAGACGCAACAGACUCAGUAACAGAGGCCCCCCCCCGCCCCCCCUCCCCUACCCUGCAGCAGGGGGACUAUAAAGAGACAGCCGUGUUCCUCCUCUCCUCUCGUCGUCCCAUGUCGUCAUGCUCUUCCUCCCACCCUUUCUCCUCCUCCUCCUCCUCCUCCUCCCACCCCCCCUCCUCUACCUGUUCCUAUCCCGUCUCCUCCUCCUCUUCCUCCCGUCCCAUGUCCUCUUCCUCUUCCUCGGGUAUAGGGGGAUCUGUGCUGGGCUCUGAGGCAGGGGCCGUGGGGCCUCCCUGGGAGGAUGAGAGCACUAGCAGCGAGUCCAAGUCUAGUUCUUCUGGUGGUCGAUGUUACCGGCCAGCCUGGAGGCCACGGAGGGAGGCCCUGAACAUCGACAGCAUCUUCACCCGCCAGAGAGGCUCUCCGCUGGGCUACAGCACCCUGCCCGGGCCUCGUCUACCUCCAAAGAUCCAUCAACACUGUCCAACUAACACGCCUGAUCUGCAGGGGGCAGGAGAGGUGGCCUGGGGUGUAGCGGGCUUGGGGGGACACACUGGGGGGGUGGCCGGUGUGGCAGGGAUGCCUGGGUUGCUAGGCAAUGGUACGGGCUGCCCCCCUCCUCCUCCCCCGUUGAGAGGGGUGGAGCUUCAGCCCUGUCUGAUACAGAGGAUGGAGAGUGGUUACGAGAGCAGCGAGAGGAACAGCAGCAGCCCUGACAGGGAGGUAGGUCAGAAGCGUGUGUUGAUGUCUGGUCCGUCGUGGCGCUCGGUGCCCAAGUCCAAGAGCACCAGUGCCAUCCUGCAGGAGCUGCCAGCACCUAGCUGGGGCAGCAACAGCAACCUGGGCGCUGGCCGUAGCGAGCUGGAUGAGCUUCAGGAGGAGGUGGUGAGGAGAGCGAGGCAGCAGGAGCAGCAGAGGAGGAAAGAGGCGGAGAGAGAAGCUGCCGUGGGAUUCAACCCCAGACCCUCCAAAUACAUGGACUUAGACCAGCUGCAACACCAGGCUGUGCUCAGCCCCUUGCAUGAGGCUAAUGCUCAUAGUGGAUUGGCUGUAGCUGCGUGCAUGAGGAGCCCUUGGGAACCAAUCACACAGGAUCAGGAUAUGGAGCAGGAGACAAGAAGCGCCCGUCCACAGGGGCAUCGCAGUGAACAGCCUGGCCCGCUCCAAGUACUGCUGACGCCCAAUCAGGAGGGGGAGGAGGUCCGGCCAGCCUACCAGGAUGCAUCCCUGGGCUCUGGCCAGCCCCUUCUCUCCUACAGGCCCUCCCCCAACCUCACCCCUCUCCACUCAUCCCUCCAACCCCCUCCCACUGACAACACCGCAGCACAGGUUGAGGAGGGGAGAGACAGCCUUUUUAGCAGGGGAGAGGGGAGAGAACGGGUCAGGAGGGAGGAGGAUGUGGGGAUGAGUGAGGUCGGGGGACAGGGACUGAGGAAAGUUGAGGAGGGGGAGCGGUUGAGGAGGGGUGAGGAAAGGCAGGGGGUGAGGCUGGAGGAGUUGUUACAGGUCGGAGGGGUGUGUGUGAGACCUCUAGGCAGACACCUGGCCAUCUCUCUUCCCUCUUUACCUCUCAGACUCUGGGAUAUAUCAGACACACACACUACCCCCUCACACACACAUUCACCCUCUGACCCCCAACACACACAACCCCCACCCCCACAUUCAAACACGGACUCCCCACACAUGUAUACAGACCCUGAGCCCCCACACAAACAGUCUGACCCUCCGCCCUACCCCCCCUCAUCCCGCAGUCAGCCCCACCCCUCCCCGCCCACCGCCUCUUCUGAUUGGCCCAAUCAAGAUUCCACCUUCAACACCAUCACAAGUCAUUGGUCCUCCUGGAGCUUGGACCGCCCAGAUGCCGUGGUUACACCAUAUGACACACCUCCAGAUCGCUGCCUCCCCAUUAAGGCACACCUCUCCCACAGAAAAUACAACUCCCAGCCUGCCCCUGCACAGCAUGAACCCUGUGACCCUGAGGAGGCAGAGUUAUCAGAGCUGGACUUCCUGUACCGGGCCAGUCUCCAGGCAGGAAGUAGAGGUGGCAGCCCGGCCGGGAGCCUGCAGUGUGGGGUAAGAGGGCCAGCCCGCUCUUUCACUCCCAACAUGGAGGGGAGUGUGUACCAGACUGACAGCAGCAGCACAAUGGUCCGCAGUCUGAGCGGCACAGUCAUCAACCCGCGUCGCCACCGUCUCACCGCAGCACGCAGCUUUGAGAUGCCCAAUGGCGCGGGGAGUUUCUGGUGUCUGACGGGGGUGAAGCUGACUUCAGACCACUUAAGACAGUGGUCUUCAAACCACUGACACGCCUCCAUAUGCAUCUACGCUACAGGCACCUCCCAGGGCAGCUCGCUGGGAUCCUUAACCUUCACACCGCUACAAGCACAUCCCACAUUGGACCUCUAGGGUCCUUACUUACCCUCCACACCACUACGGGGACCUUCUAGGGCAGCCUUCUAGGAUCCAAACCCUCCACAGUUCUACAGGCACCUCCCAGGGCAGCUCUAUGGGGUCCUUACCCUCCACACAGCUACAGGGACCUCCCAGGGCAGCUCUUUCGAGUCCUAAUACUCCACACCACUCAAGGCACCUCCCAGGACAGCUAUUUGCAGGUCCUUACCCUCGACACCGCUAAAGGCAGUUCCCAGGGCAGACAUCCGGGGUCCUAACUCUCCACACCACUAAAGGCACCUCCCAGGACAGCUAUUUGCAGGUCCUUACCCUCGACACCGCUAAAGGCAGUUCCCAGGGCAGACAUCCGGGGUCCUAACUCUCCACACCACUAAAGGCACCUCCCAGGACAGCUAUUUGCAGGUCCUUACCCUCGACACCGCUAAAGGCAGUUCCCAGGGCAGACAUCCGGGGUCCUAACUCUCCACACCACUAAAGGCACCUCCCAGGACAGCUAUUUGCAGGUCCUUACCCUCAACACCGCUAAAGGCAGUUCCCAGGGCAGACAUCCGGGGUCCUAACUCUCCACACCACUAAAGGCACCUCCCAGGACAGCUAUUUGCAGGUCCUUACCCUCGACACCGCUAAAGGCAGUUCCCAGGGCAGACAUCCGGGGUCCUAACUCUCCACACCACUACAGGCAUCUUCCAAAGCAGCCAUGCACCUCCCCCAACGCCACGAUAGGGGGUUGGUCUAGGACCCCCCCCCACUCCAAACACACACCUCUCCCCACGUCAAUCCCUCAGUGGUCUACUAACCUCCCUCUACCCCCAUCUCGCACCCUCCGCCCUUCUUCAACUAUUCAGUCUAUGCAGUCAUUCUUAGUCCCCCUCAGCAGGAAUUACUCUGAAACCCAAACUAACAAACUCACCUAAUUACACUUCUAGCUAGCUAGCUUGCGAUCUGCUAGCCUGUUAGCCUCCUAAUAUAGUCCGACUCUGAACAUUAUCCUGCUAGCCUUCCCCUCUUUGGGCCUAUAAAGGAGGGAGUAGAUUAGCUAGCCAGGUUUAGCCUAUGAUCUCCCUGCUUUAUCUGCCCCAAUCAGAGGGGCUCUGGAACCUUGAGGUGACUGAAAGAUCCACAGGGGGAGGGGGUUACCGAUAAGCCACGGCUUCUUCCUUUUUCUUUAUGGGCAUUUCCUGUCUGAUGACAGCACAGCACACCUGGAUAUGUUGUUUCCAAGGGAACCCCAGGACCAGUGCGUACGUGCCUACAUAGCUACGUAUAGACUGAACUCUAAUAAUAACUAAAGUCAUGUACAGAAAAACGAUAUAUGAAACCUGUAUGUUAUUAAGACCUUAUGGAAUGUUCAUACUAAUAAUGAUAAUAAUGAAGAUAUUGAUAACUUAAGUGGUGACUCCUGGUCCUCCUGGUCCUGGAUUGAGUGACCUUCACAAGUGUCCAGCUGGAGGUCACCUGACUGACCGUUGUAACGGCUAACGCUGCUCUCCCAUUUCUAAUCGGGAGAAACUACCUUCCUUUUUCCUUUUUUUUAAUUUUUUUUUUUUUUUUUUACAGAUAACGGUAGCUAAACGGAACAAACUUUUGCACACCUGAUGUAACGUGAGAGAGAGCGAGAGCUUUGAUCGAGCGAGGGUAAGGGAGCUAAAUUGCCAUUUGGGAAGUGUGUUUGCUGAAGGGUACUUAGGAAAGUGUACCAGCUGAACGGUACUUGCUGAAGUGUACUCGAUGAAGGGUACUCGAUGAAGGGUAAAUGUAAUCUAAUUUAUUUGAGGCCUCAGGUUAACAUGAUUGGUUCUUAGUUACUGAGAUUCUCUAUCUUCUUCUGGACCUGUCCGUUCAGCUCUGACCCUGAUGUUACUCAGAUAUGAAUGGUGAAACACUAUAUUAUAAAUAUACUUCAUAUGUGUACUGUAGGUAUUGUCUCUCAUGCUCCAGUUAUAACAGGGUUCUCUGACUUACCCCUAACUGAAUAACACUGACAUGUCUUGAAAAUGUUAUGAUAUGAUUUAACCUGCUGAACAUGUUAUGACAUAUGUACAUAUAAUAUGUAUGUAUAUACAUAAUAAGUACAUACAUUUAAUACAUUAUAACUAAUCCCUAUUUGGAGACCAAUGGCCAGUGCAGAACGAGAUCUAGACAGAACUGAUAAAUGAUUGUUGUAUCUAAACCAAAGGUUGGCACUUAGACAAAGACACAGCUCUCUGUCUGUCUUUUAACAUUGUGAUUUAAAAAAAAAUGUAUUUAUUAAUUUGAUUAUUUUGUUGCUGUUUGUGUUGUGGAUGUUGGAGAAUGUAGCCAACUGUAGCGCAUGAGUCUGCUAUGCAAAUCAACCUUCCCUCCUGACCCUUGACCUCUGACCUGACAGAUAGGAAGCAGGAAGUGGACACGCCCACGAACGGACGCUUUAUUUACGAAUUUAAGUCAAGAAGAUAUGUGAUUAAAUGCUGCUGUUGAACACUGUACUAAAUCAUAGGCUCGAUUCCAAAUGGCACCCGUCUCCCUAUAUACUACACACUACUUUUGGCCAGAGCCCUACAUAGGGAAUAGGGUGUGAUUUCCGAUUCGCACCAUAUACAUACAUAGUACUGAAGUGGUUCACUAUGUAGUAAGAAGGGAUAAUGUAUACCAGGGGUAUUCAACUCUGACCCUACGAGGUCCGGAGCCUGCUGGUUUUCUGUUCUAACUGAUAAUGAAUUGCACCCACCUGGUGUCCCAGGUCUAAAUCAGUCCCUGAUUACAGGGGAACAAUGAAAAGUUGCAGUGGAACUGGCUUUGGGGUACAGAGUUGAGUUCGAGGGCUGUAUACUAUGCUAGGAACAGUCAAUGGAAAUUCAAUGCAAAGAGAGAGUGGAAGAAAGAGAGUGAUGGCGAAUGAAAGAAAGUACAUAGAGAGGAGAUAAAAUGAUGUACUGUUUGUGUGUGAAAUAGAGAUGAUGUGAGGAUGAAAGGGGGCUAGGAGUCGUUUUUAGAGAGCGAGUUGUAUGUGUUUGUGUGUGUGUAGGGUGUUUGUGUGUGUUGGUACUGGGUAUCAUUGCUUGGCGAACGAGGGAAAGAGGGAUCCUGUAUUUUUGCAAUAAAGUUAUUACCACUGCUCUCUUAAUGGGGCGUAACCACU